GUGCUACAACAGCGCACAUUCCGCGCCAGUGUCCCAGCUUUUCAGAGAGUAGCAUGGCUUAAAAAAAGCAAAACAGAGGGGGUUUUUUGUUGUUUACAAAAAUAUUAAAGCAGCAAUAACAUCAAGCUAACAAACACAUCUGCUCACAUAAAAGAUUGACUUAAAGCUGAGACGUAGUUGAGUAGAUUUCUCGGUAGUCUUAGUUUAAAAACAGACGGGAUGCCAGUGCACUCGAGAGAAAAGAAGGAGAGCAACCAUGAAGAGAUGGAGGUGGAUUUCGCAGAGCAAGAGGGGAGUAGCUCAGAAGAUGAGGAUACAGAGAGCUCUUCUGUCUCUGAAGAUGGGGAAAGUUCAGAAAUGGACGAUGAAGACUGUGAAAGGAGAAGGAUGGAAUGCAUUGAUGAAAUGACUAAUCUAGAAAAACAGUUCACUGACCUCAAAGACCAGUUAUAUAAAGAAAGAUUGAGUCAAGUUGAUGCCAAACUUCAGGAGGUUAUGUCAGGAAAGGCACCAGAGUACCUAGAACCCCUUGCAAAUCUUCAGGAGAACAUGCAAAUUCGAACUAAAGUUGCAGGUAUCUAUAGAGAGUUGUGCUUGGAAUCAGUAAAGAACAAAUACGACUGUGAAACCCAAGCAGCGUUCCAACACUGGGAGAGUGAAAAACUUUUAUUAUUUGAUACGGUUCAAAGUGAACUAGAGGAGAAGAUCAGACGUUUGGAAGAAGACCGUCACAGUAUAGAUAUUACCUCAGAGCUCUGGAACGAUGAGUUACAAUCAAGAAAGAAUAAGAAGAAAGAUCCCUUCAGUCCAGACAAAAAGAAAAAGCCUGUCGUUGUGUCUGGACCAUAUAUAGUUUAUAUGCUGCAAGACCUGGAUAUACUGGAAGACUGGACUGCUAUUAGAAAGGCCAUGGCAACAUUAGGACCUCACAGAGUAAAGACUGAUGUCUCUUCAAAAAGUGACAAACACCAGCACAAUGCCCGCUCUGAGGACGGACGGUUGUUUUACGACGGGGAAUGGUACAACCGUGGACAGGCCAUAUGUAUCGACAAGAAAGACGAGUAUCCUACAAGUGCUAUAAUAACCACAAUCAAUCACGAUGAAGUCUGGUUCAAACGAGUCGAUGGGAGCAAGUCAAAACUUUACAUCUCACAGCUUCAGAAAGGCAAAUACACCAUAAAACAUGCCUGAUCUACCUAAGAUCUGACAAGGGGGUCGGGAUAGCAGUCUGACAUUUAAUAGUUUAAUAGUGCCAUUUUAUGUACAGUAUAUCAUGAUUUAAAUACCUUUUUGAUGUUUAAAAACAGAUACGUUGGUGUAUUGUCUGUCAUUUGAAAUGUGAGGAAAGUUAAUGUUAUUGUAUGUUCAGUGCAGGUCAAAAAUGUAGUAUAAUUACAGGUGUAGUUACUACCAUGAAAUGAGGGACUUUUGUAUUUUGCUGACAGGGCUCAUUUUCCAUUUCAGUUCUGCUCAGUGACGUUUCAACCCGAUUCUGCUGUGUAGUAAUUUGUAAUGCCAUAUCUGGCUACCAAAUGAUUUCCUACUUUUUUACAUUUCUGCCUCAUCACUGUGUUCAGAUACAAA